UCUAUCACGUCACGAUCACGCCAAUUUAGCGUAAAUCUGGUGGUCCUGCACCGGCCGGGAAAGGCAUCCAUCUGCUGUUAAUUGUGAGUUUGCCUCCCGGCCCAGUAUCGCAUUGUGUGUGUGUGUGUGUGUGGAAGGAAGACGAGGAGUCGAGCGCAACUGCUUCAGCUGCACACCCGGACAUCAGAGCUAAAGCCAUGACUACCAGCGCGGCCAUGGUGCGCAUCCUGAUCAAGGGCGGCAAGGUGGUGAACGACGACUGCACGCAGGAGGCCGACGUCUACAUCGAGAACGGCGUCAUCCAGCUGGUUGGCAAGGAGCUGAUGAUCCCCGGCGGGGCCAAGGUGGUGGACGCCUCCGGGAAACUGGUCAUGCCCGGCGGCAUCGACACCAGCGUGCACCUGGAGGAGACUUUCAUGAACGCCACCACGGCCGACGACUUCUACAGCGGCACCAAGGCGGCCUUAGCUGGAGGUACCACCAUGGUGAUCGCGCACGUUCUGCCGGACAAGAAUGAGUCCCUGUUGGAGGCCUACGAGCAGUGCCGUAGCUCAGCCGACGGCAAAAGCUGCUGCGACUACUCGCUGCACGUGGGAGUCACUUGGUGGGGUCCCAAGGUGCGCGCCGAGAUGGAGAAGCUGGUGAGGGAGGAGGGCGUGAAUUCCUUCCAGAUGUUCAUGGCCUACAAGGACGUGUUCAUGCUGAGGGACAACGAGCUCUUCCAGGCCCUGCAGCACUGCAAGGACAUCGGCGCCAUUGCCAGAGUCCACGCGGAGAACGGGGAACUGGUGGCCGAGGGUGCUAAGGAAGCCCUGGAGCUGGGCAUCACUGGUCCGGAGGGCAUUGAGAUCAGCAGACCGGAAGAGUUGGAGGCGGAGGCAACCCACAGGGCUAUCACCGUCGCCAACAGGGCCCGCUGCCCAAUCUAUCUGGUCAACGUGUCCAGCAUGGCGGCGGGGGACGUGGUGGCGACGGCCAAAAUGCAAGGGAGGGUGGUCCACGGAGAGACGACCACCGCCCACGCCGUGCUCAACGGCGCCCCCUACUACCAUCAGGACUGGUCCUACGCUGCGGGGCACGUUACGCUGCCGCCGCUGCGCCUGGAGCCCAGCACGCCCAAUUACCUCAUGAGCUUGCUUGGAAAUGACACUCUGAACGUGGUCGGGUCCGACCACCGUCCCUUCACCACCAAACAGAAAGCCAUGGGCAAAGAUGAUUUCACCAAGAUCCCCCACGGGGUCCCGGGCAUUCAGGACCGCAUGAGCGUCAUCUGGGAGAAAGGGGUGAUCGGAGGAAAGCUCGACGAGAAUCGCUUCGUCGCCGUCACCAGCUCCAACGCGGCCAAGAUCUACAACCUUUAUCCCAGAAAAGGCAGGAUCAUCCCGGGAGCGGACGCCGACGUGGUGGUCUGGGAUCCCGAGGGCUCCAAGGUCAUCUCGGUGGAAAACCAGGUGCAGGGCGGCGACUUGAACCUUUACGAAGGUCUUCGCUGCCACGGCGUCCCCUUGGUCACCAUCAGCCGAGGGCGGCUGGUCUACGAGAACGGCAUGUUCACGUGCGCCGAGGGCUCGGGGAAGUUCUGCCCUCUGAGGACUUUCCCGGAUUAUCUUUACAAGAAGAUGGUUCAGCGGGAAAAGUGCCAGGCGGCCAAGCGAGUGGAGCGCGAGCCGUACACGGGAGACGUGGUGGCGGUGGCGAACGCCGGAAAGAGGGACGCGGCCACUUCGGAUCUGGACACGCCCACGCGACCCUGCACCCGUCACGGCGGCGUGCGGGACCUCCAGGAGUCCAGCUUCAGCCUGUCCGGUGCCCAGAUCGACGACAAGAUUCCCAAAAGAUCCUCGGCCAGGAUCCUCGCGCCACCCGGAGGGAGGUCCAGUGGGAUCUGGUAGAGG